AUGACCUAUAAGGGAAAAGGGCGAUUCACCAAGAGGAAAAAGUUGAGCCCAAGGUACGUUGGCCCGUACAAGGUGAUCGAACGAGUAGGUGCGGUGGCGUACAAACUGGAGCUACCACCGAAGUUAGAUGCCUCUCAUCAGGUUUUCCAUGUAUCACAACUACGGAAAUGCCUAAGUGAAGAGCAUGAAGUGGUAGAGGAUGUGCCACCUGAAUUGCGAGAAAACCUGACGGUGGAAGCAACGCCUAUUCGAAUCAUUGAUCACAUGGUAAAGGGAAUGCGUAGGAAAAAGAUUAACAUGGUGAAGAUCUUGUGGAGCUGCGAUGGACGCGAAUAA